GUAAUUGAAACCAACCCUAAGCUCCUUUAAUCUUCACUCUAUUGGUAGCCCUGAUUACUGCUGACUUAAGCAUCGGAGUGUCUACCCCAAGAUCCAUCUCGGGGUUUUGCAGGUCAAUCCGGAACGCAGAUACGGACUGAAGAAGGACAUCUAGUGUGGUGCAGUUACAUUUGGCGCCGUCUGUGGGAAUUCGCACUGAAAGCUCCUUUGUUGCUCUCAUCAUGGUUAAAACUAGGUCAGUCCGAGGUGGAAACUCAUCUCAGCCUCUUGGACGAGGUCAGGUCCCCAGCAACUUUCCCCCUCAUCCCCCGCCCCCAAUCCCGAAUACACUCCCUCAUGUUGACCAUGUAGAAGGAGGAGAUGAAAAUCAGCCACACAACUCGGCUCACAACUCAGCCUCUACUGCUAACCAAGACGUAGUUGCAACUCAGCUCGCUGCCAUGCAACAACAGUUUGGUGUCUUUCAGCUAGUGCUGGCUCAGCUAUUAGCCUGGAACAAUCCUGGUGAUCCACUCAUCAACCUACUUAAUCCUGCUCCACAACCCCCAGCUCCACAACAAAAUCCUGAGCCAGUUCAGCAUGCUCCUGCUAUUAGUGAAUCUCAGGGCCAUUCUCACAUCGCACCAGUUCAGCUACCCCUUCCUGAUGAUGUCACUCGACGUCUAGACAACCUAGAAAAGUUAGUUGUUGAGCAAAAGGGUGCCCCACCUCCACGUCAUGCCGCGGACUCCAUACCUCACCCUCUAAACACCAACAUCACAUUAGAACCCUACCCUGCUGGCUUCAGAAUACCUCAGCUUGAGACUUAUGAUGGGACGAAAGACCCCGAUGAUCAUCUGCAUGCUUUCUACUCUUGCAUGCAAGCCCAGAACGCCUCUGAUGCGUUGAUGUGCAAAAUCUUUCCUUCUACUCUCCGAGGCAAUGCUCGAACCUGGUACUACAGUCUACCUCCGAGGUCAAUCAGCUCUUAUACAGAAAUGGCAUCCGCUUUUGCCAUAAAGUUUUCCAGUAGAAGGUUGAUAAGGAAAACUACCUCUGAGCUAAUGCGAGUUAGGCAGAGGGACGGAGAGUCUUUGAAGAAUUUUAUGAGCAUAUUCAAUGAUGCAGUACUGGAGGUUAACUCCUUCGACCAGGCUGUGGGAAUUACAGCUGUGAUCUCAGGUCUUAGCCAUGAGAGAUUCAGAGAUAGUCUGCUUAAACAUCCUGCCACCACUUUUAGCGAGAACCAACACCCGGACUGGAGAGAUGAGAAUCCAAACAGGAAACGGAUGAAGACGACACAGAACCAAGGGCUACAACCUCAAGGAGUCCGUAACCCACCAAACCGGCAAGGUGUGGGGUAUCAGCAAACCCCACCUCCACUCCCACCACCAACUAGAGUUAUCCACAUGAUCACAGGAGGCUUGGAAGCCGGUGGGCUGAGUUCUAAGCAGCGAAAGUUGUAUGUCAGAGAGGUUAAGCAUCAGAACCGAGCUCAGAAGCGGAAGUUUGACGAUGCUGAGUGGAAGAAUCAACCCAUUACUUUCACAUCUGUUGAUCUCGAUACAGUCGUCACACCUCACAAUGACCCUCUAGUCACUUCUAUUACGAUUAACAAUUGUGAGGAGCAGCGUGUCCUUAUUGACACAAGGAGUGUACCAGACAUCAUGUACUUCCAUUGUUUUGAGAGUCUUGGGUUGGAUCCAGCCUUGUUGCAGCGGUAUGAUGGUCCCAUCUAUGGAUUCAACAACCAACCAGUCCUAGUUGAAGGAGUCCUUACCAUGAAUGUUGCAUUUGGAGGUGGCCGAAGUUAUGUGAUCCCUUCAGUUAGGUUUCUAGUAGUCAAGAUGGCGUCCUCUUUCAACGUUGUUAUUGGCCGACCCACACUGAUUGAAAUCCGAGCUGUGGUUUCCCAAUCUCACCUCUGCAUGAAGUUCCCAACUCCCAUGGGAAUAGCAACACUGCGAGAUGAAACCAGAGCUGCCCCUGUUGAGGAUGUUGAAGAGGUGCACAUUGAUGACAGAGAUCCGAGCCGAAAAAUGCAAAUUGGAACUAAGUUGAACCCGGAGGAAAGAGCAGAGCUAAUAGCUUUCCUUUGGGCCAACAAAGAUGUUUUUGCAUGGACUUCAGCAAAUAUGCCGGGAAUUCCCACUUCGGUUUCUCAACAUAAACUCAGCACCAAUCCACUCAAGAAACCAGUAGCCCAGAAGCGGCGCCUCUUUGGGGGGGAGAGGUUACAGGUCAUUAAAGAAGAAGUUGAAAAACUCCUACGAGCUGGUUUUGUCAGAAGGGUUGAUUACUGUGAGUGGGUCGCCAAUCCUGUGCUGGUGAAAAAAGCAAACGAAUUGAAGGUUGAAGCGAUACAAAUAUACAGUGAUUCACAGCUAGUAGUCAAUCAGGUUAACUUAGUCUGUGAAGUGGUCGAUCCUGUUAUGAUGAAGUAUGCAACUCUGGUGGCCGAAUUGAAAUCCAAAUUCCAGAAAUUCCAUUUAAGCAAAAUACCUCGAGUUGAAAAUGAGCAAGCAGACUCCCUCUCCAAGUUUGCUUCUGAUGGCAACCAAAGCUCCAGAUCGGUCUUUGUAGAAAUUCUGGACGAGCCUAGCUUCUUGAAGCCACGAAUGAUGGUGGUCAGCACCGAUCCUAGCUCAUCGAGCUGGACAGAUCCAAUUAUCUCGUUUCUACGAGAUGGCACAGUGCCUGCGGAUAAACAGGAAGAGAUGAGGUUAAGGAAGAAGGCAUCUUGGUACACCCUUGGUAAUGAUGUCCUCUACAAGAGAUCUUUCUCACUCCCUCUGCUCCGCUGCCUAACCCCUUACGAGGCUGAAUACGCACUUCGGGAGGUGCAUGAAGGUGUUUGUGAAAGUUACGUAGGUGCUCGAACUUUGGCCCAUAAAGUCCUUAGACAAGGUCCAUUUAUGAAGGGGGUAGGAGGUGUAACCCAUCUCAUCGUUGGUGUGGAUUAUUUCACAAAAUGGGUUGAAGCUCGGGCACUGUCCAGUCUUACCUCCAAGAAGGUUGAAGACUUUGUUUUCAGCUCGAUUAUUUCCAGAUAUGGGAUCCCGAGUCAGAUUGUAGCUAACAACGGAACUCAAUUCAAUUGCUCCUCAUUCAGGGAUUUCUGUUCCAGCUAUGGGAUCAAACUGCAGUUCACCUCGGUUUACCAUCCAGAGUCCAAUGGCAUGGUCGACUCUGUUAACAAAUGCAUCUUAAAAGGUAUAAAGCCGAGAUUGGAACAGCACAAGGCCAACUGGGCAGACGAGCUCAACAACGUCCUCUGGGCAUACAGAACCAUGAGCCGAACCGCCACAGGUGAAACACCCUAUCAUCUGGCCUUUGGUACCGAAGCAGUCAUUCUUAUCGAAAUAGGAGUCCCAAGCUUCAGGGUCACCCAUUUCGAUGAAGGACGAAAUGGACAGCUGCUUCGGGAGAACCUUGAUCUGCUUGAUGAAGUCAGAGAAGAAGCACAACUUCGAACUCUAGUCUACAAGCAGAAAGUAGCAAACUUCUACAACAAACGAGUUCGACCCCGAACUUUCAAAGUAGGAGACCUUAUUCUCAGGAAAGCUGGUCUAACGGGGUUCGAAACUCGAUUUGGAAAGUUAGCACCAAACUGGGAAGGUCCAUACACUAUAGUCGAAGUGCCCUACCUAGGUGCUUAUAUCCUACGGGACAUUGAAGGCAAAAGGGUUCCUAGAGUCUGGAAUGUCAAUAACUUGAAGAAAUUUUACCCUUAAGUGUAUUUCAUUUAAGUAAAUUUUGUCUUAAUCG